AUUUACAACUUCCAAGUUCCAACUGGCACUUUCAUGCAGCUGUACUGCCACAAUUUACAACUGUGUCAAGUUUCCGCAACUUUUAAAUUGCUUUCAUCAUUAAUUCAAUAUAAUUCUCAGAAAAUUGAAGUGAAGUAUUCUUAAAAAUCUUAAUUUGGCGGUCAGUUUAUUCACCAUGAACACUUCAAUGACUGGAAGUGAAGUUCGUCAAGCAUAUAUUGAUUUUUUUAUCAGCAAGGGUCAUAAAUAUGUUCAUUCUGCUUCAACAAUACCACUUGAUGACCCUACUCUUUUGUUUGCAAAUGCUGGAAUGAAUCAGUUUAAACCAAUAUUUUUAGGUUCUGUUGAUCCAAAUUCUGACAUGGCAAAUUAUGUAAGAGUAGUAAAUACACAGAAAUGUAUAAGAGCUGGUGGAAAACAUAAUGAUCUAGAUGAUGUUGGAAAAGAUGUGUACCAUCAUACAUUUUUUGAAAUGAUGGGAAAUUGGUCAUUUGGUGAUUAUUUUAAGAAAGAAAUAUGUUCUUGGGCAUGGGAACUCCUCACUGAAGUUUUGAAAUUGCCAGGAGACAGAUUAUAUGUUACUUACUUUGGAGGAGAUAAAUCUGCAGGAUUAGAACCAGAUUUAGAAUGUAAAGAUAUUUGGCUUAAACUUGGUCUUCCUGAAUCUCAUAUAAUACCUGGAAGUAUGAAAGAUAACUUUUGGGAAAUGGGUGAGACUGGACCUUGUGGACCAUGUUCUGAAUUACAUUAUGACAGAAUUGGUGGUAGGGAAGCAGCUCACCUUGUUAAUAUGGAUGACCCAGAUGUACUUGAAAUUUGGAAUUUAGUGUUUAUACAAUUUAACAGAGAAAAGAAUGGCGAGUUAAAAUUAUUACCCAAAAAGCAUAUUGAUUGUGGUCUUGGACUGGAAAGGUUAGUGUCAGUUAUCCAAAAUAAAAGAGCAAAUUAUGAUACUGAUUUGUUUAUGCCUUUGUUUAAGGCUAUUGAAAAUGGAACUAAGGUAAGGCCAUAUUCUGGGAAAGUUGGGGAAGAAGAUACCGAUGGAAUAGACAUGGCAUACAGAGUGUUAGCUGAUCAUGCAAGAACAUUAACUAUAGCCCUAUCUGAUGGAGGAUAUCCUGAUAAUACUGGUAGAGGUUAUGUUUUACGGAGAAUUUUGAGAAGAGCAGUACGUUAUGCAUCUGAAAAACUAAAUGCGAAAUCAGGUUUCUUUGCAACUUUGGUCAGAACCGUUGUCGAAAUUUUAGGAGAUGUGUUUCCUGAAAUUAAAAAGAAUCCAGAAGCUGUAAUGCAGAUUAUAAAUGAAGAAGAAUUACAAUUUUUAAAAACACUUACUCGAGGAAGAAAUUUACUAAAUAGAACUAUUGAGAAACUCAAUGAUUCUAGAGUGGUACCUGGUGAUGUAGCUUGGCGAAUGUAUGACACAUAUGGUUUUCCCAUUGAUUUAACUUGUUUAAUGUGUGAAGAAAAAGGGUUAACAAUUGAUAUGGACGCUUAUGAGAAAGCUAAAAAAGAGUCCCAAUUAUCAUCUCAAGGUAAAACAGCUGGACAGGAUGAUUUAUUAGCUCUGGAUAUACAUGCUAUAAGUUAUCUUAAAGAUACAGGUAUUUCACCUACAAAUGACUCACUCAAAUAUAAUUAUGUACCUACUACAACUGAAGCAAAAGCUAUAUAUGAAUUUAAGCCUUGUUCCGGCCAUGUUGUGGCUUUACGAAAGAAUAAAGAAUUUGUUGAUGAAGUUAUGUCUGGUGAUGAAUGUGGUAUUUUGCUUGAUCAGACUAAUUUUUAUGCAGAACAAGGAGGUCAAAUUUAUGACGAAGGUUAUAUGGUUAAAGUAGGUGAUGAUAGUGUUGAAUUUUCUGUUAAAAAUGUUCAAGUUAAAGGUGGUUAUGUUUUACACAUAGGUAAAGUAGAAGGCAUAUUAAGAGUAGGUGACACUUUAUCACUUCACAUUGACACAGAAAGAAGAAGACUUAUCAUGAAUAAUCAUACAGGAACUCAUGUAUUGAACAAUGUUCUUAGAAAGGUUCUUGGCAAUGAUGCUGAUCAACGUGGAUCUCUAGUAAUGCCUGAUCGUCUCCGAUUUGAUUUCACUAACAAGGGCCCUAUGACUACCAAACAAAUAAAAGAAGCUGAGGACCAAGUUAAAGCCAUAAUAAAUAAUAACAAAAAGGUCUAUGCUAAGUACACUAAACUGAGUGAUGCUAAGAAAAUCAAUGGUUUGAGGGCUAUGUUUGAUGAACAAUAUCCAGAUCCUGUAAGAGUAGUUUCAGUAGGGAUACCUGUUGAAGAUUUGGAAGAAAAUCCCGAGGGUCCUAAUGGGUUUGAAACCUCGAUUGAAUUUUGUGGAGGUUCUCAUUUACACCAAACUGGGCAUAUUGGUGACUAUGUUAUAGUUAGUGAAGAAGGUAUUGCUAAAGGUAUUCGAAGAAUAGUGGCUCUAACAGGACCAGAAGCAUUGAAAGCCAUAAAUAAAAUGAGUAUUUUGGAAAAUGAAGUUAAUGAUAUUACUAAUCAAAUUCAAGAACAGGGGUCAGUGCUUAAUCAAAAAGAAGCUGUAAAGAAAAUUGUUGAGCUUACAAAUGACAUUUCUCAAGCACAAAUAUCUUACUGGAAAAAAGAGGAAAUGAGAACAAUGUUAAAGAAUUUAAAAAAACAACUUGAUGAUAAAGAAAGAGCUAGUAAAACCGCUACUAUUAAUCUUGUUGCCGAAAAAGCUAAAGAAAUGUGCUUAAACGAAAAGUCGUCUGUGAUUGUGGCAGAAUUGAAAGCUUAUGGCAACACUAAGGCUCUUGAUGGUGCUCUUAAACAAGUGAAGCAAAUUCUCCCAAAUACUGCAGCAAUGUUCUUUUCAGUUGACGAUGAUACUAAUAAAAUAUACUGCUUAGCAGUGGUUCCUAAAAACUUAGUUGAACAGGGACUACUUGCAUCAGAAUGGGUGCAAUCAGUUGUUGGAAUUAUGAAUGGAAAAGGUGGAGGAAAAGCUGAGUCCGCUCAAGCAUCAGGUUCAAAUGUUUCUUGUCUUAACGACGCUAUUAAAGUUGCUCGUGAUUUCGCAACUACUAAAGUGUCAGAUUCUUAGUUAAAUAUGUUUAAAAUAUUAAAUUAUUAUUUUAUACUUAAAAGAACUACUCAUUAAGAUUUUUUUUUGUUUUCAAUGGUAAUAUCAAAGUCUACAAUAAAAUUGUAAAGCACAUUGAGUUCUUUAAUGUUGAUACAAAUGUAAUAAAAUCGCUAAAAACCUUUGUAGCAAACGUAACAUGCAAUAAUAAACACGCUUGCCUAGUUUUAAUGAAUUGAAAACUUUUAAAUAGGGUUUUGAAUAAAAUUAUUUAUAAAA